UGCAGGAGCUGCCGGGCCGAGGAGGGCAGAGGCGAAGUGUGAGCGGAUGGGCGAAAGGCGGCUUUCUCCAGCUCGGAGCUCCGCGACGUGGAGACACUCCCCCGACCCUCCCUCCGACCCCUCUCCACCCCCACACCCCGCAGCUGCUACCGCCUGCCUCCAGCCGGCUGCCACGAAAACCCGGAACAGCUGCGUGCGCUCCUGGAAAGUCCUCCUAGUGCUAAGCCGGGCAGCUGGGCAUGCUCAGUAGCUGGGGGAGGCUCGCGUGGAGAGUAGAAAGCUUUGGCUUAGCCUCCCACCCCCUCCCGCUGGCCCCCGCCCCCCUUGCCCCUACCCUGCCUGUAGUAGUUGCCCGGCGUGCGCCCGGGGAGACUCGGAACAUGGCGCUCCGAGCGUUGUAGAAGCCGAGGAGGAGAAGGGGAUGAGGCACCGCCGCCGCGCUGACAGCCAGCAACCAGAAAUACACUGUGGCAAAAUGCUUCGACCUCUUGCCAAAAUGAACACUGAAGAAAAAUGAAGAACAGUGAAGAACGCCAACGAAAAGCUGCAGACCAGAAAUAGCCCCACUCCUCUGGAGUCUGAUUCAUCCACAGCCAUCAUAAAAAAGGUUUUCCACCAUGUUUGGAAAGAAAAAGAAAAAGAUUGAAAUAUCUGGCCCAUCCAACUUUGAACACAGGGUUCAUACUGGGUUUGAUCCACAAGAACAGAAAUUUACCGGCCUUCCCCAGCAGUGGCACAGCCUGUUAGCAGACACGGCCAACAGGCCGAAGCCCAUGGUAGACCCUUCGUGCAUCACUCCCAUCCAGCUGGCUCCCAUGAAGACAAUCGUUAGAGGAAACAAACCCUGCAAGGAAACCUCCAUCAAUGGCCUUCUGGAGGAUUUCGACAACAUCUCUGUGACCCGCUCCAACUCCCUAAGGAAGGAAAGCCCGCCCACCCCAGACCAGGGAGCCUCCAGCCAUGGUCAAGGCCAUCGGGAAGAAAAUGGAUUCCUCACCUUCUCACAGUAUUCCAGCGAAUCUGAUACCACUGCUGACUAUGCGAUGGAAAAGUACAAAGAAAAGAGUCUCUAUGGAGAUGAUUUGGACCCGUUUUAUAAAGGCAGCCACUCGGCCAAGCAAAAUGGGCACGUAAUGAAAAUGCAACAUGGGGAAGCCUACUACUCUGAGAUGAAGCCUUUGCAAUCCAACAGAGCCAGGUUUCCUGUUGAUUAUCACACACACUUGGACUCACUGAGCAAACCCAGUGAGUACAGUGACCUCAAAUGGGGGUACCAGCGAGCCUCAAGCAGCUCCCCUCUGGAUUAUCCAUUCCAAUUCACGCCUUCUAGAACUGCAGGGACCAGUGGGUGCUCCAAGGAGAGCCUGGCGUACAGCGAAAGUGAGUGGGGACCCAGCCUGGAUGACUAUGACAGGAGGCCAAAGUCAUCAUACCUGAGUCAGACAAGCCCUCAGCCCGCCAUGCGGCAGAGGUCACGGUCAGGCUCCGGGCUCCAGGAACCCAUGAUGCCCUUCGGAGCAAGUGCAUUUAAAACCCACCCUCAAGGACACUCCUACAGCUCCUACACCUACCCUCGCUUGUCCGAGCCCACAAUGUGCAUUCCAAAGGUGGAUUAUGAUCGAGCACAGGUGGUCCUCAGCCCUCCACUGUCAGGGUCCGACACCUACCCCAGGGGCCCUGCCAAACUACCUCAAAGUCAAAGCAAAGCAGGCUAUUCCUCAAGCAGCCACCAGUACCCAUCUGGGUACCACACAGCCACCCUGUACCACCACCCCUCCCUCCAGACCAGUUCGCAGUACAUCUCCACAGCUUCUUACCUGAGCUCUCUCAGCAUCUCAUCUAGCACCUACCCCCCACCCAGCUGGGGCUCCUCCUCAGACCAGCAGCCCUCCAGGGUGUCCCACGAACAGUUCCGGGCAGCCCUGCAGCUGGUGGUCAGCCCAGGAGACCCCAGAGAAUAUUUGGACAACUUUAUCAAAAUCGGGGAAGGGUCAACCGGCAUUGUGUGCAUCGCCACUGAGAAACACACGGGGAAGCAAGUCGCCGUGAAGAAAAUGGACCUCCGAAAACAACAGAGACGAGAGCUGCUUUUUAAUGAGGUUGUGAUAAUGCGGGAUUAUCACCAUGACAAUGUGGUUGACAUGUACAGCAGCUACCUUGUCAAUGAUGAGCUCUGGGUUGUCAUGGAAUUUCUAGAAGGUGGUGCCUUGACAGACAUCGUUACUCAUACCAGAAUGAAUGAAGAACAAAUAGCUACUGUCUGUCUGUCAGUUCUAAGGGCUCUUUCCUACCUGCACAACCAAGGAGUGAUUCACAGGGACAUAAAGAGUGACUCCAUCCUGCUGACAAGUGAUGGCCGGAUAAAGUUGUCUGACUUUGGUUUCUGUGCUCAAGUUUCCAAAGAGGUGCCAAAGAGGAAAUCACUGGUUGGCACACCCUACUGGAUGGCACCUGAGGUGAUUUCUAGGCUGCCUUAUGGGACAGAGGUGGACAUCUGGUCUCUCGGGAUCAUGGUGAUAGAGAUGAUUGAUGGCGAGCCCCCCUACUUCAAUGAGCCUCCCCUCCAGGCCAUGCGGCGGAUCCGAGACAGUUUACCUCCAAGAGUGAAGGACCUGCACAAGGUUUCUUCAGUGCUCCGGGGAUUCCUAGACCUGAUGUUGGUGAGGGAACCCUCUCAAAGAGCCACAGCCCAGGAACUCCUCGGACAUCCAUUCUUGAAAUUGGCAGGUCCGCCAUCUUGCAUUGUUCCCCUCAUGAGACAAUACAGGCAUCACUGAGCAGAGGAUUCAUAGAGGUGACAAAGCUAGAUGAGAACAUGAGAAUAAUUCAGGAGAUCACAAGGAAACCAGAGAACGUGUAACAGACCUGUAUAUUCCAGACCAGCUGAUUGAUGGGACGGUGUGUUGACCGGCAGGGUUUGGCAGACCAGGGCAUCUUCUUGUGUCUUAAACAGGCAUCUCUCCACUAACAGCUGGUGUGGUCAUUUGGAACACGGCUUUAAUAAGUCAUUAUUAUAUUUUUCAGCCUUUCAUCCAGCAAAUCAGAAUGACUCAGUACAAACUCCGUUAUGAUAUAUCCUAGCCACUUGCAGGGUAAUGCACAGGAUUUUCUAUAUUGAAAGAAUACUUUUCUGGCAAAAAA